CAACCAGGCGGCCUCGUAUAAAAAGGUUCCCCCGUUUGGCUUCCGCUCGCUCUCCCAUUUGUCUCGUCUCGCUCUCACGCUCGCGUCACCGGAGCUCUCCAGAAGCAAGCCCAAGGGCGUGCGAUUCGAUCCCCUUCGCCUCCUCGUCAACGCUACAGAGAAUACUUGAGGAAUGGCUGAAGAGGAUGUCCAGCCCCUUGUGUGCGACAAUGGCACUGGAAUGGUCAAGGCGGGUUUCGCUGGUGACGAUGCCCCAAGAGCUGUCUUUCCUAGCAUUGUGGGCAGGCCACGCCACACUGGUGUCAUGGUUGGCAUGGGCCAAAAGGACGCCUAUGUGGGCGAUGAAGCUCAGUCCAAAAGAGGUAUACUCACACUGAAGUACCCAAUCGAGCAUGGUAUUGUCAGCAACUGGGAUGACAUGGAGAAGAUUUGGCACCACACCUUCUACAAUGAGCUUCGUGUGGCACCUGAAGAGCAUCCUAUACUGCUGACCGAGGCCCCUCUCAACCCCAAGGCAAACAGAGAGAAGAUGACCCAGAUCAUGUUCGAGACAUUCAACUGUCCGGCGAUGUAUAUCGCCAUCCAGGCUGUUCUUUCCCUGUACGCCAGUGGUCGAACAACUGGUAUUGUGCUCGACUCUGGUGAUGGUGUGAGCCACACUGUCCCAAUCUACGAAGGUUACACACUUCCUCACGCUAUUCUUCGAUUGGAUCUUGCUGGCCGUGACCUUACCGACAACCUCAUGAAGAUCCUUACUGAGAGGGGUUACUCCUUCACCACAACCGCCGAGCGGGAAAUUGUCAGGGACAUCAAGGAAAAGCUUUCCUACGUUGCCCUCGAUUACGAGCAGGAGAUGGAGACCGCCAGGACUAGCUCCACCGUUGAAAAGAGCUACGAGCUCCCAGAUGGGCAGGUUAUCACGAUUGGUGCAGAGAGGUUCAGGUGCCCUGAGGUGCUCUUCCAGCCAUCCUUCAUUGGCAUGGAAGCUCCUGGCAUCCAUGAAGCUACGUACAACUCCAUCAUGAAGUGUGAUGUCGAUAUCAGGAAGGAUCUGUACGGUAAUGUUGUCCUCAGUGGUGGCUCUACCAUGUUCCCUGGUAUCGGUGACCGCAUGAGCAAGGAGAUCACUGCACUUGCCCCGAGCAGUAUGAAAGUGAAGGUGGUCGCUCCACCAGAGAGGAAGUACAGUGUCUGGAUUGGUGGCUCCAUUCUAGCCUCUCUCAGUACCUUCCAGCAGAUGUGGAUCUCCAAGGCAGAGUAUGAUGAAUCCGGUCCAACCAUUGUUCACAUGAAGUGCUUCUGACCUUCUGAGCGUGUAAUCUGUGGCUGUAUUUUGAGUUGGCUGUAUUGUUCACAUGGUUUCUGUGGCACCAUGGUUCAUUCUGAAUCAUUGAAAAGCUGGUAGCCAUGGAGCAGUGUGAAAGGUGGUAGAGUCGAUCGAUGCACUUGAAGAAUUUUAGUUGAACCGGUCAAGGUCGUCAAGUCAGUUUUAGUCUCUCCGACAACAGCAUCGCAUCAGGGCAUUCCUAGUGGAUGCGGUUGGGUUGUUGGCUUUCACCAGGCGCAAGGGUGUCGCCCGUACAGUUUGAAUCAUUGAGAGCUUUUGAGUUGGUUUCAGCACUUCAGCUCGUGCUUGUGCUGGGACAGAGUUUGCAUUUGUGGCCAGCGCCCCGGUGCGGGUGUUGAUGUUUGUACCUUUAGUUGGAUUUUUUUUUUGUAUGAAGAUGUAAUAUUUGUUCAAGUUUAAAAAGUGUUAGGAACUGGUAUGGUUGAAGCGAAGUACGAAUUUCAGUUAUUA